AAAAUUCAAUUCUGUUGUGUGUAACGUGUGGUGUCUGCAUUUCAUCCUGCAAAUUUACAGCUUUACAUCAUCUUUUUUCACCCACCAUCACUACCACCACCACCAUCACCCUCACCACCACCUAUCGAUCCGUAUUUUCACAGUCCUUUUGUCUGUACUCAUAUCCACACAACCACAUUUCACACCAAAUUUCUUUCUCAUAAAAAUGCAUCACACACACACACACACACACACACUAAUUAAUUACAUCUUCUUCUAAUCUAUAAAUCAUUUCAUCAAAUCCUUUAACCAUAAUUUAUUAAUUUAUAAUUUAUUUAUUUAUGUUAUGGCCGCCACUGUAUCUAUACCUGUAUCAUCUAUAUCCAAAGAGGUAGAAGAAACCGAUACAAAUGCUACCAGUGACAGAUGUUGUGAUUUUAGUUACAGUCUCAGUGCUGACGUCAGCGAGUCUGAAAGCUCCAGUAGUUUCUCCGGCCGCCGUUACAAUCUCGGUGGCGCCGCUUCCAGCUCCUUAACGUCGUCCCCGUUCCGUACACUUUCAGUCACCGAUCCUAUCUUUCCGUUCUUGUUUGGCGCCAAUGAUGACGUCACCGUUUGGGAAAAGAAACAGCAACCUGUUAAAAAACCUGUCUCCGAUUUAUCCGAGGUUGACAUGAUGAAGGAACGUUUUGCUAAGCUGCUUCUUGGAGAAGACAUGUCUGGAGGGGGAAAAGGAGUUUGUACAGCCUUAGCGAUUUCAAAUGCUAUAACAAAUCUAUCUGCUUCUGUGUUUGGGGAAUUGUGGAGGUUGGAGCCAUUGGCGCAGCAGAAGAAGUCAAUGUGGCAAAGGGAAAUGGAAUGGCUUUUAUCUGUAAGUGAUUCCAUUGUGGAGCUUGUGCCUUCGAUACAACAGUUUCCUGGUGGAGGCACGUAUGAAGUAAUGGUACCACAUCCGCGCGAUGACUUGCAUAUGAAUCUCCCUGCUUUGAAGAAACUUGAUGCUAUGUUAAUUGGUAUGCUUGACGGGUUUUGCGAUAGGGAGUUUUUUUAUAUUGAUCGUGGGAUAGUUUUAGCUCAAGGUGACGGUUGUGAUGCGUAUUCAUCAAGUGUUUCAGAACCAAGGCCUUCAAUUAGGCAGGAAGAGAAGUGGUGGUUACCAUAUCCGAAAGUUCCUUCCAAGGGGUUAUCAGAGGAUUCCAGAAAGAAGUUACAGCAGUGCAGGGACUGCACAAAUCAGAUACUUAAGGCAGCCUUGGCUAUAAAUAACAAUGUACUUGCUGAAAUGGAGAUACCAAGUGCUUACUUGGAAACAUUGCCCAAGAAUGGAAAAGAGUGUUUGGGUGAAAUCAUCUACCGCUACAUAACCGCAGACAAGUUCUCUCCAGAAUGUCUUCUUGAUUGUCUAGAUUUGUCUUCAGAGCAUCAUACGUUAGAAGUAGCAAACCGGGUUGAGGCCGCCAUCCAUGCAUGGAAGCUAAAAGAGCUUAAAAAGCAUCCAAAUCAUUCAAAAGCAAAGCGUUCAUCAUGGAGUUCAAAGGUUAAGGGCCUAGUUGCUGAUAAUGAUAAGAACAGUGCGCUGGUACUAAGAGCGGAGACUCUGUUACAUAGCUUGAGACUUCGUUUUCCUGGCCUUCCACAAACUUCAUUGGAUAUGAGCAAAAUCCAAUAUAACAAGGAUGUUGGGCAUUCUAUUCUUGAAAGCUACUCAAGGGUUAUGGAGAGCUUGGCGUUUAACAUAAUGGCAAGAAUCGAUGACGUUAUCUUUGUAGACGAUGCUGCCAAGCGUUGUGUUGCUUCAGAAUCUUUGUCAAUUUUCAACAGAGGAGGUUUAGGAGGCCGCCCCGUUCAAAAGAGAAUGUCCCCUAGUCCAUUCUCAAUCCAACAUUCCCCUUAUUCCUCCCCGUUUGCCACUCCAACAUUCUGCUCAUCUCCACCAAUCCCCAUAAGCAGUGACAAUCAUCUCAAGGUUGCUGAUCCGGAUAGGCCAUGGACAUAUGCUGCAGGCAAAGUACCUGCUAAUGCUCCAGAGCGUGAUUAAGUUAUUGGCACUGUCGUCCCAUCUGUGAAGCUAAGGAAGACAGCUGAUUUUUAAUAUCUGUGCAGGUCCUUAGGAAGAUAGCUUAUUUUGUUAUUCAAGGUUUUUAUCAUUUCUUCUUUUACACAAGGAGUAGAUGAACAUCAUAUGAUUUUAGCACGAGCAGGUUAUUGUCAGGGCAAGUUAUUUAUAUUAUACAGUUUGAUACUAGUAUGUAUUAAAUAUGCUAGGUGCGGUUCCGUUGCUCUCUUGUGCAUAUUUGUAUGCAAAGGAGUAGCAGAAUUGCAGAAAUAUUCAAUGAGUAAUCGCCCUUAGGCAUUUCACUCAUGUCAAUUAAAGCUCUUGACAUAACUAGCAUUGUAGGAUCUGUUUGUCCAUAUUUUGUGGUAAGUGGAUUCCCAAUAACUUCAUUUUAUCUGAGUGGGGCAUCUAAAUUUUAAA